GCCCAUCAUUUGGGGGAGGGAAAAGAAGAAGAGGACCCCUGAGCUAGGAGACGCAUUCACGUGUACCGGGAGGGUGUCGCAGCAUAUUUCAGAGCAGAUCUGCCCGGGUUUAAGAAGAGGCUGAGCUGACACGAGAACUAGUUCAGCAUCAGGGCAAGAAGUGAGCGCAGCAUCUCAUGAGGAGGGACAGCUGCUGCUGCUGCCACCUUUUUUGCCACCUGCACUAGAGAGCUUUCCAUCCUUCCAUCUCUGCUGUGGAGUUGGGACGUGCCAUGGACCAGCUGAUGAAUCUCCUCUACCUCAACUUCUCAGAGCAGCUGAGCCUGCUAGAGGAAAACGACAUGUCCUGCAGCGACUCUGUGGGAAACGGCACUUUCCUGAUCAUAGCUUACAGCGCAGUCAUUGCAGUGGGGUUGAUUGGCAACCUCUGCUUGGUGUGUGUCAUCAUCCAGCAGAAGGAGAUGAGAAACGUCACCAACAUCUUCAUCGCCAACCUCUCCUGCUCUGACAUCCUCAUGUCACUUGUUUGCAUGCCUGUCACGGUCAUUUACACCUUGAUGGACCGCUGGAUCUUAGGAGAAGUACUCUGCAAGGCCAGCCCCUUUGCUCAGUGCAUCUCCAUCACUGUCUCCAUCCUCUCCCUUGUAUGGAUUGCCCUGGAAAGGCAUCAGCUCAUCAUCAAUCCGACUGGGCGGAAGCCAGGAGCUAACCAUGCGUACCUGGCUGUGGCCAUUACCUGGGUGGUGGCCUGCUUCAUUUCCCUGCCUUUCCUCUCCUUCACCAUCCUGACCAACGAGCCCUUUCAAAACUUAAGCCUUCCCUUUGACCCGUUUGCCAACCACGUGGCCUGCAUUGAGCAUUGGCCAUCGGACCAGCAUCGCCUAGCUUACACCACCUUCCUCUUGCUUUUCCAGUACUGCCUGCCCCUGCUCCUCAUCAUGACCUGCUAUUUCCGCAUCUUCCUGCGCCUUCAGCGUCGCAAGGACAUGGUGGAGCACUCCAAGGAUGGUUCCCGGGCCACUAGCCACAGGAAGGUCAACGUUAUGUUGGCUUGCAUCGUCGUUGCUUUUGCCGCCUGUUGGUUUCCGCUCACUGUCUUCAAUGCCCUCUAUGACUGGGACCCUGAGAAGAUCUCAGUGUGCUACCACAACUUCAUCUUCUCCAUCUGCCACCUUAUAGCCAUGGCUUCCACUUGCAUCAACCCCAUCAUGUAUGGUUUCCUCAACAGCAAUUUCCAAAAGGAAGUCAAGGCAUUGCUGUAUCGCUGCAGCUGUAGCAGUGAGAAGGACAAGUAUGAAAGCUUCCCCCUUUCCACAGUCAGCACUGAGAUCUCCAAGGCCUCGCUCCAUAGCGGGGUUGGCACCAUUACCCAUGCGUGACUGCCAAGAUCCCAUGCAGUGCCUUCCAACAGCAACCAGUCCCUUUCUCAGCUGAGCCAAGCUGGAAGUAUCUCUGUUGUCUGCAUAUUUCCAAUUCUCUGGUUACUCCACCCCCCAACCCACCUCAUACCAAACUUGUAUCAGGGAUCAUCUGCAAUUGUCUGGGGUAUCCCACUUCAAACAAAGAAUAUGCACUGAGGUGGGGAGGGAAUGACCCAGAGGAUUGGGGAACAGUGUGAGCUCAAAUCCAAGCUUGCCCAUCAGUUAUUCUCUUUGACCCUUAACUCAUCUUAACAUUUGGAGCUUUGAAAACUUACUUGAGGAUAUGGUUGUACUCCACUAAAACGGAUGGAAACUGUAAGUGAGUUCUGGGAAAAUAACAAAGCAACUUACAGUCUGCUUAGCUUCUCAAGAAGAUCCAAGGGCCCCUAAAUAAAUCAUCCAGAGUUGCAUUCAUCGGCAUUGGGCAAUUUAGAAGCAGAUCUUCACAAAUGGUUCUUCAAAGAGAAGAUUAAUAAUGGCAAAUAAACAUUUCCCAAAAGAAAGCUUCCCCAGCACUACUGAUUUUUUGUGCUAGACUGAACUCAGGAGAACAUUGGGUGUGUCCUAGGUUGUAUUCUCCAUUCAGAUGGACCAACUUGGGCUCGACAGACCUGGUUAUUGCCCUACAUGAACUAAAUGUGUUCCCUGCUGCAAGGACCGAAGCUCAGUGGUAGAGCAUCUGCUUUGCAUGCAGAAGGUCCUGGGUUCAAUCUCCAGGCUGGGCUGGAAGGAGACUCCUGUCUCACAUCAUGGAGAUGCACCACUGCCAGUCAAUAUAGGCAGCACUGAGCUGGAUGAACCAAUGGGCUGGUGU